AUACCAUCCCUAAUCCCCUACACCAAUUUGGUAAAAGUGGGCUUUAACUUGAGUUGCAAACUUGCAACGUCAAGUACACGCGGACAUGCGACAACACGAGCGAAAUAUGACCGUUGGAAAAAUCUAAUGCACCUCUCUUUCCUUUUUCACAUAAAUCACUAAAUUACAUUUUCUUAAUCCAACCCACUAAUACAAAACCUCCCACACUCCUCCACCAUCAUCAAAUCGAAUCACAUACACAAAACCCAAAAUUAGAAAGCUGAAGAAUUACAAAAAAAAAUAAAAACCCCAAAAAUUCUAUUUUCUCUCUCCUCUUUCUUCCAUAAGAGUAGGGUGUGUUUGGUUUCCAGAAUAACGAAUCCAAAGAAUGAAACUUUUUUAUUAAUCAGAAAUGAUGUGACAUUGAAAACAAAAAAAAGGAACGGUCCAUACAUAAUUUCAAUAACAGCAUAUUCUUCAAGAUCAAUAUCACUUUUACAGUGAAUAUUUAUUGAUAAUGGCAGAAGAAGUUGAAGGAAAUCUCCAAGAAAUGGCAGCAACAACUAUACAAAUGAUGGAAGGAAGUAAUGUAGAAGCUCAUCCUUAUGCAUUUCAUGUUUCUGGCCCACGUAAUCUUUCUUCUCCUAAUUGGAGAGACAUUAUUAGUUCUACAUGGAAAGAUGGCAAUUACAAAAGAACAGUCAUGGCCUGUUUCAUUCAAGCUGCUUACCUGCUAGAGCUUGACAGGCAAGAAAACAGAACAGCCGAAAAUGCUUUAGCUCCAAAGUGGUGGUUGCCUUUCAAGUACAAGCUAACUAAGACCUUAAUUGACGAGAGAGAUGGAUCCAUAUUCGGAGCAAUACUUGAAUGGGACCGCUCUGCAGCUUUGGCAGACUUCAUUCUUAUUCGACCAAGUGGGGCCCCAAAGGCCGUUUUAGCUCUAAGAGGAACACUUCUCAAGAGCGUGACAAUCCGAAGGGACUUAACUGAUGACCUUCGUUUCCUUGCUUGGGAAAGUUUGAAGGGUUCAGUAAGAUUUAAAGUAGCUUUUGAUGCACUCAAAUCGAUUGCAGACAAGUAUGGAAGCGGCAAUGUCUCCAUUGUCGGUCAUUCAUUAGGUGCCGGGUUUGCCCUUCAAGUCGGAAAGACACUAGCUAAAGAGGGAAUAUAUGUAGAGGCUCACUUAUUCAAUCCUCCUUCGGUUUCCCUAGCCAUGAGCCUCAAGAAUCUUGGAGAGAAGGCUGUUUUUGGUUGGAAGAGAAUUAGGUCAAUGCUUCCUUCAGGGAGUGAAAUCCAGACCAUAUCAGAUGAUCAGAACAACGCGGCAAAUGUAGCAUUGAAAAAGUGGGUUCCACACUUGUACGUGAAUAACAGCGACUAUGUAUGCUGCUAUUAUGCUGAUCCAACCGGGAAAGGUGAAGAAAUCCAUAGUGGGAGUAAGGAGAAUGUGGCUCCAGUUAGUAAUGCUGCUAGUGCUGCCGCGAAGCUCUUUGUAUUGUCUAAGGGAAAUCAGAAGUUUCUUGAUGCUCACAAGUUGGAGCAAUGGUGGGCUGAUGAUUUGGAACUCCAAACUGUUAUCAACAAUAGUAAGCUGAUCAGCAGACAACUCAAAUCUUUAUAUCAACUCCCAGCAUCACAGCAGGCACCAGCAGUAAAGCCAAGAUAGGAAAGUUGGAGACUUGUUGCAGUUGCUGAAUUUUAGCUGAUAACUUUUAAUUUCUUUUCUCAUCUUAUGAUAUUGUUCUUCACAAGUGUGAUCUAGAUGUUGUGUAACUCAGAAUUCUCAUGAUUCUUCUCACUUUUCACUAAUUCAUGUCCAAGUACUUUGGGCUUAUUGGUUUGGCAAA